AAGACACAGCUGAAAGGGGGCGCUAACAAACCAAAGUAAUGGAUGCCAACUGCCAUAAAACCGAAGAGGAAGAAGACUUCCGUGAAAACAACGUUCUAGCGUGAAGAAAUGCGCGCCGUGUUACCUGCCGUAGCGGAGCAGCUCUUGCGAGAUAUCCAUAAAACAUACCAGGAAACAACUCAAAUUCCUGAUGACUUACUGAUUGCGCUGAGGUUUGUUUUUGGGCCCUGUGCCGUACAAGCUUUGGAUCUGGUUGAGCAGCACUCAGUCACCUGUCUGUCAUCGGCCAGUGGACGCAAGACCUUCCAGGUCACCGGAGGCUCUGGACGUCUGUACGCCUGCUUCCCGUCCUGCCACUACUGCCCCUGCCCAGCCUUCGCCUACACGGUGCUGCGGAGAAACGAAGGCCUGCUGUGCAAACACAUCCUGGCUGUGUACCUGUCUGAGGCCAUGGGUGUGACUCACAUGCAUAGUGUGUCGGAUCAGCAGAUGAGCGCGCUGCUCAGUGGGACUUCAUCACUGUGAAUGGCCACUUUGGCCUCUGUGGCCCCCGCAGGGUGAUGUGGAGAUUGGCGGAUGAUGGUGAUGCUGAUGCUGCAGUUUAAACACCAGUGUGGCUCCUAUGAUGUAACCGACGUUGCCCCAUCUUCAAAUAGUUGUAACACGAGUGAACGUGGCUGCUGGCCACACCCUGCCUUAAGAACACACUCGAUAGAAAACAGCCUUGCAGCUGCACCAUGAUGUCGACUUUGGCUUACCCUAAUUAGGGUCGUGGGUGCUGUACAUUUCCAAUAAUAAUAAAAAUGAUAUAGCUGAAAAAGUGUAUUAUUAUGAACUUUGGUCUUUGCUCAUUUUUUUGUUUUGACACUACUGGUGUAAAUGUAGGAUCUAUUGCUUAAAAAAAGAGCCAAUAACAGCUCAACUCAUUUAUGGGACAAUUGACCCUUUCCCAAUCCCAUUUUGCACAUCAACUGCAAUUUAGUAGCAGCGGGAUCAAAUGUGAGAUGAAUCACACGUCUGUAUAGCGAGCACUUGUCUUCCCAAACUACAUCGCUCGUGUCGUCACGUGUGGGUUACAAAAGCCCCCUGGCUGCAGAACUGCAUGGUCAAACUGAAGUCCGUACAGGAGACACAAAUACCUUUUCCUUACACGUGGUCAAAGGAAGCACAUCAAGAUACAACACCCAUUCUCUGCUUUCAAGGCCUCACUAUCAACUUCAGUACAGUGGAACCCGUUGAAGUCGACAACCCGUCUAUGUCGACCGACUCAAGUCCUGGUCCGCUAUGUGCCCGCUUACAUUGACAAAAAUGGUCGGGGGCUUUUGUAGACAUAAAAUUUGAGAGCCAAAGGCGUCAUUUCUAUGAAAAAUGGGUCCAUUUAGACUAAUGUUAGCUACACAGCAUUGCAAUGUUCACAGUGACUUCCUGUUCAGUGCAAAGUAAGCUUCAAUAUAAAAGCAUGGCAGUAUUAUCCUGGAUUCUACCACAGCAGCUAACAGAAUGCACCCUUUUUUGGCAUUGUUAGCCACCAGAAGAUGUACAAAACUUGAAUGUCAUUGAAGUCAAGACAUGCUGAGAUAAGCGUAUAAAAUAACAUCAUAUAAAAACGGAAUAAUCCAAGUGAAAAUACGUACAAAUGGAGGAAAACCAAGUAAAUGUGCAAGCAAAGUCCAGUUCUGCGACUUAAAACGGGUUCCACUGUAGUACACAAAAGGAAACCCUGGGGGUGGGGGGAUGAUCCAAACUAACCACACAAGUACUUGUGUGGUGUACUUGUACUGCCGCAAGUAGUACAGGUUCAGACUCACCAAGACGUUUGAUGUUCACAUUCACAAAGGUCCAAUGUUGUAAUAAAUAAUAAGGAUAAUUACGCACGCACGCUGGCGCUAUAGUGUUGCAGUCGUAACGGGGAUGAUUGCGAAAGAUCAAUAAAUAGCAUUUUAGAAUAUAGCAAAGUUUGGGUCCUGUUCCAGUUAGCGUUAAAUAAGACGGACAACAAGAAGAGAAGUCCUUGGCAAUAUAAAAGUGACAUCAUCCCCUGCUGCUGUAAACAUGAAGUGGAAAUACUGCUGACUCUACAGCAGGGGGUCUGCGGUCAUGCGGAUCUGGUCUCUGUUGCGCCUGCUGCCGUUGGAGCUGAGGUACUGCUCCUCUUUGCGACACAGGAUGUGCUGGGCCAAGAUCUUGCGGAAGGUGUUCCUGAAGUCCUGGAUGCGGUAGGCGUAGAUGAUGGGGUUGACGGCCGAGUUGGCGUGGGACAGAAUGAUGGCCACGUACAUGACCAGCUCGGGCUUGUGCAGCUCCCUGUAGAAGAGCGUCAGGCAGUUGAGGAUGUGGACGGGCAGCCAACAGAUGGCGAAGAGCCCCACGAUGAUGGACAGCGACUUGGCGGCGCGGAUCUCCCGCUGCAGCAGGCCGUGGUGGUGGCUGUCCCCGUUGGCCACGCACUUGAGCUCGAUCUGCCUCAGCUGCAUCCUGGCCACCGUGAAGAUCUUCAUGUAGAUGCCCAACAUGAUGAGGAGCGGCAGCAGCACGCACACAAAGAAGUUAAAGUAGACCAUGUACUCCAUGUCCACCACGCUCUCAAAGUAACACUGGAGCUUGCAGCUCUGUAGUAAGUCUCCGCCCCUCGACCCCGCCUGAAGGGCGCUGUCUGUAUUGUUGUCCGCUGUGGAGCUGCCAUUCCCACAGCUCGAGUACUUGAAGUUCCAACCGAAGAAAGGGACGAGCCCAAUGACGAAGGACAGGAUCCACAAAAUAGCAAUGAUCUCUCUGGCCGUCUUCCCUGUCAUCAGCUCUUUGUACCUGCGUGCGACACCAAGCACGACACAAGAUGAUCAACACAAUAACGACAGCCAGCACUUUCCACAGACGCCAACUCAUAAAUCAUCAAAGAAAAUGAAUGGGGAUGCACAAUAUUUAUUUGUUCCAAACUUUCUGCUUCUCAAGACGGAUUCCGAUGCAAUAACCGAUAACUUAUUUGUAGCUGUUACUUUGUAAAAAUGUAGAUUUAACUGUAGGGAUGCUCCGAUCCAUCGGCCACCGAUCAAUAUCGGCCAACUUCCAUAAAAAAAACACGUGAUUGCCGUAUGCCGAUAAACGCUUUUCAAAGCUGAUCACAAAAACCGAUAGGCAGGCGGCAGCAAAUCCUACAUGUCUGCCGCACGUAGGGUUGCCAACAAAAUGACGCGUCUCGUACUGAGCUUGCCACAGGCUAUGCCAAUCGAUGCCAGAGUGUUUGAUUACUCCCUUACCAAACCUGCUGCCUUUCGACUAUUGUUGCAUUUCGUUUGCACGUGUUGCCUGUUUGUCACUGGCUGUACUUAGCAUCGGCGGCAGCAAGCUAGCUAGUUAGUUAUCCGCUUAGCUGCUGGUCUUGGGACUCCAGAUGUGACUUUUUACCACAGCAACAUUUUGUUUUUAAGACAAACAAGCAAUGCGCUUAGUCCAGAGCUGGUUUUUGUCCCACGGGGAAGCCACAAGUGCAUAUCACGAUUGUGGGGUCCGUAGUAACUUUUUCACUUUGAGCUGUCUAAUGAUCCAAACACUAUUUGUCUUAUGAUGGUGAUCCUACCAGCUCAUUUUCAGUAGCUCACCAAAGGCUCAAAGAAUAAUUGCUUCAACUCUUAGUAGUUUUUUUUAAAGGUUGUUUUUAUAACUGUUGAAUUCAGACGUUAUGCCUUUUAUAUAAUGACAAAUAGGCACAAAAUAGCAUAAAAUGGAUGGUCACAAAGCAUAGUGGAAAUGCGCUUGGUAAAUAAAGUCGUGUACAAUUGAAAUGUUGCCAGUCAUAAAUAAAACAGCAUCAAUAGUGAUGAAUGGUAGAGACCCCUGCAACCUGGACCUUCAACCUUCUGCAACCUUCUGUUCCAAGUUAAACAGGACAGAUUUUUGUUUCAUUAUUUAUUAUUAAUGAAUUAAUUUAUUUGUAUUAUCUUGAACAAAAAAAUGAUUAUUAAACAGUUUAUUUCCCAUGUAUUUGCCCAAACGUUUCUUUUUUGAGAAUGACCUAUUUGCCAGGGGCCCUUGGUAUUGUCUAACGGCACCCUUGACCGAUACCACUCAUCAUAAAUCAAUUAAAAAAUGUACAGCUAAUCCAUGUGAUCGGUAUCUGCUGAUUUCACUCAUGGAUGAUUGGUAUCGGAAUCAGCAAUUUAAAACCCUGAUGGGAGCGUCCCGGUUGAACUAUUAUUUGUUCACACCUUAAAGUAAGACACUCAAAGGUGGAUUAGACCAAAUAUGACAUCACUGCUAUAAAACUUCUAGUUCUGUUUCUAGAAAUGGACAUUUGUUCUUUUUCAACAAACAAAAGUGUAUAGUGUGAAGUCCUUAUCCAGCUACUGCGCCAUCAGACCUAGCAAGCUAACAGAGCUAACACCACACAUCCAUAAACCAGUAGUGAAGUUUACAUCCUUAUUUCCAUCUAUCAGUGUAUGCUGGCAAAAAUACAUCUGAACAAUCGAGGCGGCUCUAAGUGAUUUACUAGCCGCUAUCUUCAAUGAUGCUAAAGGGCUGGUCGUCCAGUGUGGCUAGCUUUGUGGCUGCGUAUUUAAGCCUAGGUCACAAACGGUGCAGCACGUCACAGAAAGGCAGCGCUUGAUUUGCUCACCUUAGCCCAGUAACACACCACAGCACGGGUAUUCUGGCCCCAUUUGAUGUUUUGGAUUUGGUUAUUGCCGCUGGUUUUAAUGUUAUUGGAUUUAUCGGUAUGACGUCGUAAUUCCUCAUAUUGUGCACUCCUAAAACUAAAUAAAAAUGUUUUCAUUCCUCUCUUUUUACAAAUCAAUACACAAACUAACAGGCCAGUUGUAGUGAAAAGUACUUGGCAAGCAUGGCCAUGGUGACAAUAAGCGCUACUACAAACAACCAUAGCGGAUGUUUCAUUUCCUCAGUAUACUGUAAUAUGCCACCAGGAGCACUUUGUGCACUUCAGUGUGUUGGGACUGCACUUAGUUAAGCAAACAAUCAUCUGAACGACUAAAUCCGAGAUGACUUGCCGGGUUCCGCACGCUCUGUGGAAACGUGCGCCUCUUAUUCAAGCUGGCAAUGACAAACACUUCAUUUGCUUUCUGCCUAGUUUUCAUUUUUAUGGACAAACUCUCUCAGUCUUCCCCCCAGCCUGCAUGCUGCCAAGUUAAAAGGCUUCUUCGCAUGUGGAAACUAAAGAAGCCAAUCAAGCAGAUUUGUUGAGCCCAGCGGGGAUUCUGAGGACAAAAGCUGUGUCCUGGUCGGCAGUGUCCUCUGAACAACACUUGAGGCGGGGGUACUGUCAGGUGGCGAGCGCAUGCUAAUGAGCCAGGCACAUGUUGACACACACGUAGCCGCAAUAUUUCUAAUCUGAGUCCUGCACUAAUGACCGACACUUCCUUCCAACACUCUCAAACCUGUGACGUGAAUGCUUAUCACUUGUUGCUUCCCAAAGAUUGGAGUUAAAGGUGAGAUGAAUGACAGAUGAUCAAUAAUGUGGAUGAAUUGGCAAGCUUGUGAUGGUCUCAUCAGGCGGCUCCAUUGUCAUCCUUAUGCUAAUGACAGUCACUGGGGGCACAUUUGCAUUCCUCUGGGAAUUACAAAACGUUACAAAACAAUCUUUAUCCUCAAAGAUGGCCGCAACAGUCAACAAUUGAGACGAGUGUAUUGUUAUUCUUACGCUGCGCUCUGACUUGUUCUCCAGUGAGUCUCGGGUUUACAAACCGAGUUGAAGUUUUUAUUCAUUUAUGGGAAUGCGUACGUGACCACAAAACGAGGUAAUUAUGUACGCCUGCGUGCCUGUCUGUGUACAAAUGAACUCAUUUCCUUCAAACAGAGGAUACGAGUGGGGGUGUGAGGGCCCCUUCAAUGCUUUAAUUUUCAUUUGAGUCGCUUUGGCAUCAGUGGAGUCCCCCAGAAUCGCACUGGCACCCCUCAUUUGUUCAUCAUCACCAUGAACCAGAACGUAGCCUGCAGGUGCACACAUAUGGCACUCCAGCCGGGCCUUGGUGGAGGUCUGCGUCCAUUGAGAACCAACUGAAUGUUGGCUUACACAUUAGCACAGCGUGGUAUCAAAGCAUCAGACAAAGGAAAGGAGUGAUCGAAGUAAAUGUUCCUACAGGAAGUUUUGCUUUUAAGUCUGGAGAGGCCUGCAGACCAUCACAGGCCAUGGUAAAGGAGUGGGGAGAGACCAAGCCAGUGGGGACAAGAUCUGGGCAGAUGAACUCAAUCUGUUUUUUAACAGAUUUGAGUCUGCCCUCCCUCCCUCCCCUACCAACUCACCACUCUUCACUCCCACAUCCCCAUCCCAGCCAUCCUCUACUCCCCUCUCCAUAACUGAUGAUCAGGUGAGAAGUCAGCUGAGGAAGAUCAAGGCAAGGAAGGCCCCGGGACCGGACGGCAUCAGCCCUAGAAUCCUCAAGGACUGUGCUGACCAGCUCUGUGGAGUUCUCAGGCACUUGUUCAAUCUCAGCCUGAGCCUGGAGAAAGUCCCGGCCCUGUGGAAGACCUCCUGUGUGGUCCUGAUCCCAAAGACACCGCGUCCCAAGGAGCCUAACCACUUCAGGCCUGUUGCCUUGACCUCUCACCUGAUGAAGACCAUGGAGAGGAUUAUCCUGCAGCACCUGCGACCCCUGGUGGGCACUCAGCUGGACCCCCUGCAGUUUGCUUACCGGCCUCGGAUCGGAGUAGACGACGCAGUGAUCUACCUGCUGCACAGAUCACUGCUACACCUGGAGGACAGCGGGAGCGCUGUGAGGGUCAUGUUUUUUGACUUCUCUAGUGCCUUCAACACCAUCCAGCCGUCACUACUCAGAGUGAAGAUGGAGAGUGUGGGAGUAGACCAACACCUGACUGCAUGGGUGAUAGACUACCUCACCAAUAGACCACAGUAUGUGAGGCUCCGUCACUGUGUGUCUGACGUCACUGUGUGUCUGACAUGGUACUCUGCAGCACAGGUGCCCCUCAGGGUACGGUGCUCUCCCCUUUCCUCUUCACCCUCUACACCUCGGACUUCACACACAACUCCACACAGUGUCACAUCCAGAAGUUCUACGAUGACACAGCCAUCAUUGGUUGUGUUUCAGAGGGGAAUGAUCUGGAAUACAGGACGGUCAUCAGGGACUUUGUCAGCUGGAGUGAGCUUAACCAGCUGCAACUCAACAUUAGCAAGACAAAGGAGAUGAUCAUUAACUUCCAGAGGAAAACAUCUCACUUUACACCGGUAAACAUCCAGGGAGCGGACAUAGAGUUGGUGGACAGCUACAAGUUCCUGGGUUUUCACCUUAACAACAAACUGGACUGGUCUGUCAACACCCACGCCCUCUACAAGAAGGGCCAGAGUCGCCUCCACCUGCUGAGGAGACUGAGGUCCUUUGGUGUGUGCAGGACUCUUUUACGGACCUUUUAUGACUCUGUGGUGGCCUCAGCCAUCUUCUAUGCUGUGGGCUGCUGGAGAGGGGGCAGCACGGACAGGGACAGGAGCAGGAUCAAUAGACUGAUCAGGAGAGCGAGCUCUGUCCUGGACGGUCCUCUGGACUCCGUGGAGGAAGUGGGGGAGAGAAGGAUGUUGGCUAAGCUGACAUCCAUCAUGGACAACACCUCUCACCCGCUACAUGACACUGUGGGUUCCCUUAGCAGCUCCUUCAGCAGCAGACUGUUACACCCACGGUGUAAGAAGGAGAGGUUCCGCAGGUCCUUCAUACCGACCGCUGUCAGGCUCUACAACACCUGCACCACCUGAACCAUGUUGUAGUCACUAUGCAUUCCUUACACUGUACUCUUUACUUGCGUAUCUUGCUUGUUUGCUGCUGUAACAAGUUAAUUUCCCCGCUGUGGGAUAAAUAAAGUACAUACAUACAUACAUACAUACAUUUUAGACAAGCUGUCAAUCACUACCCAUUUUAGCCCCACAUCAUCGUUAUUCUUUUUCUAAAUGAGCCCAGUGGGGCCCUCUGGGACCUGUGUGGCGUGUGAGCUCCUGUGGCCCUGUGGCCAUCAACACCCCCGCCCCCCAGCCACCACCUCAGAGCCCAUAAAUUAUACACCACACCAGCUUCACAAGCUUCCACGCUCAUUUUGAGCCACACACCUGUUCUUCUCCAGCUUUGCUCGCUUGGUAAAGCUUCUAUGCGCCCACCCCAGCCCUGCCUGCCCACCCUGGCUGUCUUUAGAGUCAGGGAGUGGCCGGCCAGUGGGGUUGGUGACUGGAUUAGCUGUGGCAUGACGACAGCACGCUGGCAUCUAUCUUUGUUGUCCUUUUUCUACUAAAGAUAAAACACAUCUCCACCCCGAGGUCGCGAUGCUUCUCAGGCCUCACACACACUCGGUUUUUAUUUCUGCUGCUUCAGCAACACGGACAGGCUCACUUAGUCUUCAUGCAAACACACAUGGACACAAUGUGCAUGACAUGAGUUUACACCCCAUGGGUAUGCUAGCACACUUUUAUCAUCAUAAGCCGGGGUAGGCAACCUGCAUAUGGCUCUUUAGCCUCCUCGCCAUGGCUCCUUUCGGUCAUGACAAAAGGGAAAAAAAGGUUAUUUAUUAAUUGAAUUAUUAUCAAUAUAUGAUUUUAAUUUGGUUGACUUUAUAUCUUGUAGCUCAAAGGGAAACUUUAACAUAGAAUAUUUCAAAAUGCGUAUAAUUUAUCAAUUGAUACGUGCGUCACAUCACAUGCACGUGGCGGGCGGCUUCUUGAGCGUGCGAACCCAGGUAAACUCACCAUGAAUACAACAUUUAAAACAAAUCAUCAAUAUUGGUCACAAAUGAGAGCCUACAGUCCUGUGUGAAGAGCAAAGUCAUCUUUCUGCCCCGACGUAGGUAAGAUCAGGGGAUGCAAAGAAUUGAUAUUUUCAUCCCUUCAUCCAUCCAUCCAUCCAUCGGUAGGAACGUAGAAUUGAACUAAAUUCAGAGCUCUGCCUUUUGGCUCAGCUCCGUCUUCACCACAGCGGUCGGAUGCAGAGACCGCAUCAUUUUUUCAUUUGUAAAAAGGACAAAAAAAACAAACAAACAGUAGGUAGCAGUAUUUCAGCUUUCAGCAUUAUGCUCUAUUUACGCUGGGGUUUUUUUUGUUUAAUUGUAUUUCUACAAUGUGCCUUUGGCCAACAAAAAACAAGCUGCGGGCCACAAAUGGCCCCCGGGCUGUGCUUUGGACACCCCCUGUAUAUGUCAACACGUGUUGUUGUAUUGUUAACUUUAUGAUUGCUCAGCAGCGACAUAUCUACGGUCUUGUUACACAGCAUGAAAACAUCCACAUGACUACCUGCUCAGUGCAAAGUAAGCUUCAAAAUAAAAGCAUGGCAGUAUUAACAUGGAUUCUGCCACAACAACUAACAAAAUGCACCAAUUUCAUCUUAUUUUGACAUUGUUUUGUCAUUGUGGCCAAGAAAUACAAGGAAAUGACCACAGCAGCGGUGUUAGCUUGUCCUUGUGUCUCUGCUCAGUCACAAGUAAAUAUGCUAGCAUUGGCAAGUUUCCAAUCCCGUUAGGUCGACAUCCGCUAAUGUCCACAUGUGUCAGCCUGUCUUAGGGGCGUCGACAUAAACAGGUUCCAGUGUACAUAUGAGCAUUUAAUGCUUCAGUGAUGAUGUGGAAUACAGUGGGGAGGGAAAGUAAAUGUGAAAUAAUCUCUGUGUACAUCGUCUGCUAAUACUAAAGCUAAUGCUAAUCCGACUACACUUACGAUGUGACUCAUUUACAGUCACAAGACAUCCUCUCACUUUUUCUAUCACAUUUAUCCCAAAGCAAAACAAAAUACUGGGGGGGUAUUAGGUGCCUACAGAUGGGACUUUUCCACAUGCAUCAUCAAAUGAAUCAUAACGUGCUUCAAGGAAGUGUCUGCAAAUCACGCUUGACUUUGUCAUGUAGAAAUGUGACAGCAUUGCCACACUGCAGCUUCUGUCUUUUUCCACAUCUAAAGGAUGACCUCAGACAUCCUCAAACACCCUCCAACACGACACGCAUCCGCCGGACCGCAGUCUGCUUGUGCUUGCUUGAAUGACGCUGCUUCUCCCAGCUGAAAUGUGCUUGUGAUGCCUGUUGUGCAGAUAUCAGUAAUGAGCAUCAGUGGUGGUUGGCUAUGCAAGCCCCUUUCUAUCCCAGCGGUAAAUCACAAUGAUGAGAUAAAAAGCCGGAAUUAUGAGGUACAAACGGAGCAUGUGCCGAGUGCCGUGUGACCAAGGCUCCAGUGAAGGUGGCACAUGCACAGUUUGAACUUUGACUUUUUAUCUAAUAAUUAUGACUUACCUCAUAAUUACUACUUUUUAUCUCAUAGUAAGUUUUUAUCUCAUAAUUAUGACUUUUUAAUCUUAUAUUUUUGACUUUUUAUCUCAUAUGAAGUUUUUAGCUCAUAAUUAUGACUUUUCAUUUCAUAACUUUGAGUUUUUAUUUCAUAAUUAUGACUUAUCUCAUAAUUUCGACUUUUUAUGUCAUAUCGAGUUUUUAGCUCAUAAUUAUGAUUUUUUAUGACUUUUUAUCUCAUAAUUGAGUUUUUCUAUCAUAAUUGACUUUUUAUCUCAUAAUUUCAACUUCUUAUCUCAUUGAGUUUUUAUCUCAUUAUUCCAUUUUAUCUCAUAAUUUUAAAAGUCAAUUAUGACAGGAAAGUCAGAAAUAUGAGAGAAAACGUUGAAAUUAUGAGAUAUAAAGAUCAUAUGUGCUGUCUUCACUGGAAGCUUCGUCACAUGGCACUCGGCACAUGCGCGGUUUUUCUCAUAAUUCUGACUUUUUAUUUCAGAAUUUAGACUUUAUCUCAUAAUUGUGUCUUUUUAUCUGAUAAUUAUGACUUACAUUGGAUCUUUUUUUCUUUCAGUUGAAAUAUUCAGCUGCCUUUGUAAGUGACAUUUCUUUUCGAAGUGUAAACACUUUGAAAAACAGUCGGUCAUUUUAGAUUUGUUGAAUGAUUUAAACGACUGUAGAGCUGCAACAAUUCAUGGAUAUUAAUACUAUUUUGGUAUGCCAUGAAUAUUUUUUUGUUUAAAAAUGGAAAUCUGCUCUGAUUUCAGCUUCUGUGUGAAUAUUUUGGAUUGACACACACCAGCUUUGACUCUUUUCUGAUACGGUAUGUGCGUGUUUGACUUGAUGUGGAUUUGGCCGAACCUGUUACUCAGGUCAUCGAAGCAAGUUUCAGAUUCAUCAGAUAAGAAGAGCAUGGAAAGUUUGCAAAUAAAUGGACUUGACAAAGAGUGCAACUGUGACUGUUGCCCCACAAGCAGAGAAAGGACAGGGACGGUGGGUCAAAAGGACGACACGCUUACGAGAUUACGUCAAUGUUUUGUUUGUUUACACUUCUGUUUCUGCUCUGCCAGAAAAAGUAACAAGAUGGUUUUGCCGUAUCGGCUGGACAUGGUGGGGCACUGCCCACACUUGCCCCCCACUGGAGACAAAAAUGGCCGUCGUAAGAGCUUGGCCAACAUCUUCACUAACUGAAGAGUUUGGGGACGGGGGGUGGGGCUCCAGUGUGUGUGUGUGUGUGAGUGUCGCCAUCCCAGGGGGUUUAAAACAUCUGGCUGUGGUCUUUCACUUCCACUAAAACCAUCUGUGAAAACACUUUUAUCUAAGAGCGGAUCCAGGCCCCAAAUAGCUGCACACACACACACACACGUGUAUAUAUAGUGUAUGAUUGCGACCCAGCAUCACAGUGGCAUGAUGUCAGUCCAUCCCCACUGAUGUUAUGAACGUGUGUGGUGUGGAUGGGAAGUGUCGUAGAGCCCCCCUACACCACGUAUGAAGGUGAAGUAUUCCACAGCAUUACAUGAUGUUGUAUCAGGGGACUCUAAAUGCGCUAUAAAAACUGGGAGGAACUUUUAUUAGUAAUGAAUUCUUAUGUACAUUUAUUGGCGCCGCUCCUUUAGCUGGUAGCAGUAGCAGUCGUAGUAGAAGAGGAAGAAGAGGAGGAAGAGUGCACACUGACAAGUUGCAUGCAACACAUCCACUUUAUUUUUCUGUCAAAUUCAAAUGAUUCAACAAAGUGGUACUUUAAUAAGCAGUCAUUGCAUCGGCAAAGCUUAACACUUACAAACGAGUCAUGUGUGAUACCACUGACUUCAUUUCCAAGCCCAUACGGACUAAUAUUCAGGCUGGUAUCGACAAUACUGAUCCGAUACCAGUACAUUGUGCAUAUUCAACUCGUGUGUCAAAAAUCUGUCAUUCAGAAUAGAAGACAUGAAAUGGAUUUCUGAAUGAAAGAGAUUGUUGGUUGAAAUAAAUGAAUAAUUGAAGUCAUUUAUUGAUUGAGAUGAGAUUUAAACAUUUGUCAGGAAAGUACAAUGAAAAGAUCUUUUUAAAAAUGACAUUCUUUUGCAAUCUACUCUUCAUUUCUACUAUGUUACACUCUUCUGCACAAUGUGUGUAUGCUAGCGGCCCCGCCUCCACCCACCGAGACAAAGCGACUGUAUGACUGACAAAAGGGUUCACUCCAUUCAUGCCGUUGUUCUAUGGAACAAACACAUAGAGUGAACCCUCUUCCUGCCUGUUGGGACCCGCAUGCAAUAUACAGUACGUACAUGGCGAUACAUUGAUGAUCUGGUUCAUUUUCAUUUAUUGUGCGAUGAAUGAAUGAAUUUAUUAUGGUCUCAGGCUGAGUCCCCCAUUGUAGAAAUAACAUUUUUUUUUAAAACAAACAAAACAUAAAAAAUGGAGGAAAUAGAGCCAAAGGCUUACGAAGGAAUGUUAAAUAAUAAUACAACGCUUUGGCUUUAAUAAUACUCUUAUGUUUUGUAUCACUUUUUUACUGAAUAUAUAAAACCCCCAACACAAAUACCAAAGUGGCCCCCCACAUCCUCAAGUUUUCGGUCUGUGGCCCUCGGUGUAAAAAGUUAACUGCCUUGUAACAGAAAAUAUGCUCCAAAGGCGCAAGAAAAUGUUCAAAAACUGAACAAGAUGAGACAACAGUUUGCUAGUCAGCUAAUUUUACUCACUUGACUGACAGUCUGUUGUUUUAAAUAGUAUCCUUUCUUUGUGUUUAGAAGUGUAUAUAUAUGUACAGUAUAUACAGUACAUUAUAAAUGGUAAUGAAUGUAUGAGUGUCUCUUGAUGCAUGUACUACUUGCAUGUUUUACUUGAGUCUGCUUUACUCCAAACACGCACCAAGGUUGCAUCGGUGUGCAUCUGGCAUCUCUUACAGUUCACCGUGUCUGCAAAGGACAUUUCCGUAUCACAGCAAUCACAAAUGAAUUUGUUCACUUCCUGUAUUCAAUGUAAACAAUUCACAAAGACCUGGGGACAUCUGGCUCACAGGCGGAACCCCAGGACCAAGACAACACCACGACCUCCCCAAACACCGAAUGCGUCCAACCACGUCCAACCCCCAAUGCCCCCGCACAACCUGCCGUCCUCGAACAAGGAGCCUUUUCAUCUGCUGUAAUGUACACAUUGCUCUAAUAUUUUUAAGCACAUCAUAUACAGUAUGUACAUACUGUACUUAUUUUAUAUCAAGUAUUUUCGAGUACAUUUCUAUGCUUUAUUGUGCCUUUACCUGUCUACUGUGAUCCCUCAUUUAUCACACCCGACCGUGAUAAGUGAAUUUCCGCAAAGGAGGAUUCCUUACUUAUAAAUGGGAUACUUUCACAGUUAGAGCAUAGAAAACCUGUUUACAACCUUCUAAAUACGCUUUUUAACAUGAUUAGAGCCCUCUAGACAUGAAAUAACACCCCUACAGUCACCUUUACACUCCUGUUACCCAAUAUAGGAGAGAGAAUAUGAGUUAAUAAUCCAUGUGUCACAAACUGUCAGGCACGAGUAGAGCUGUCGAGUGCGUGACCCCCGGUAUGCAGAGACGAGGUGAUGGAGAGCAAAAAAUAAAGAUUCUUUAAUAGUGUGUAAAAGGAGUAAACAAAAGGCGACAGAGAAAAAGGCUCUGUGAUAACGGGUACAGAAAGUUCAGGUGAGUAAAUCCCUCAGGUAACAGCACGAACUGGGAAACAAGAAACACAGGUAACAAUGACAACAGUAACCACAAUGAACCAGCGCUGUACAUCUGACGACGCUGGCCUUUUAACAGCCACUAAUGGUGAUUGGGGACAGCUGCGCUGCCACCAGGGGUGAAGUGGCUGCCUCUUCCACCCAACAGGAAGUAUACCUUGCCAAAAUAAGAGCGCAUGACACAUGACACCAUGUAAGACAUGAUCAAGACUUGUGCUCGUGUGUGUUGCUAUAAUAGCUUCCCUAGGGGACAGGAAGUGAUGUCGGGGGUUCGGAGUUGAGUUUUAGCUUGGUGUGUGUUACAGCCACAACAGUCGCUCGUGUUAGGGAGUAUUUUUAGGGAGAGAUCAUUCAAAGCUGCAAUAAAAGCCUGUUGUUCUGGAGAUCAAGUCUCACCCAACAUUACAAUAGCAUUACCGACAACUAGUGACCAGUGUGGAACACUACAUAUCAUCACAACAAAAAUACAUAGAAAUUGCUUAAAUACGCAUGUUUUGACUAAUAUUCAAACUAAUAUGAAACUGAAAGUGCGAAGUGGCGAGGGACGACUUGGGGGUCAAACUACAUCCAAGACACAAACAUUGUUUUCAAUAGAUGACCAGGAACAACACCAGGAAAUUAACAGCAAAAUUGGUGCUCAUAAAAAGCUAACAUUUGUUGUUUUUAAGUAUUUGUGUGCAGGUGGUCGUCAGUUUAUGACGUUUCACGGUUUCGAACGCGCUCCCAGAAACCUAAAAACCUGAUUUUGGUCCGUACACGCAAGACUCACAGGAGAACUAGUUCCAGUGCGUAGUGGCAGAAGAGUACAUUCUCCCUCAGCCGCGCUGGGGGAUAAUAACAUCGCUUAUUAGUUAACUUUUUGCACUUCCUAAUGUCUCCCCAGCGGCAGUGCGCCCAAGAAAAAGAAAGCCAUCACCAUGGAAGUGAAAAUGAACAUCAUAAACAGCUCAGAGAGAGGAAACACGCCCACCAAUAUUGGCUGCUCUUUUGGUCCUGACCGCUCAACUGUCUCAACCAUCAUGAAAGAUAAAGAUGAUUGCAUGUGCGUGGAUGCUGGAGGGGUCACGGAGGGGUUACAAGGAGAUCCUUGGAGGACCACCUGUAGCUUCUUUUUGCUAUGCUCAAAUGUAUUGAAGUGUUUUCUGCUGAUGAUGAACAUAAUUACUUAUUUAUUACAAAUAAAAUAUGAAAUGUCAGAGACCCUCCUGGACCGGCUUGUGUGUGUGAUUUGUAUCCAUGGACUCUUAGCUGCUGCUAGAUGACUUUCCUCCCUGGCGACAAUGAAAAUGUCCUUUCUUGCCAAUGUUUGAAGCUAAUGGGAAUGACAGCACAUCCCAGCUGAAUGCGCCCCGCAGCGUGCAACAGUUCACUGGCAAAAGGGAGGAGGAAGAACAGAGACACACUCCCACCAGUGUGACCAUCAGUGUGGGCUUUCUUCCCUUCCUGGAAAUA